AUGCCUAGCGUUACAGUUAACAAGCAACAACUUUUUGAGCUUUUAGGUAAGAAUUAUACUAAUGAGGAAUUUGAUGAAUUAUGUUUCCAAUUUGGUGUAGAAUUAGAUGAAGAUACCACUGAAGAAGCUUUGAAGCUUGGUGAAGAACCUGAAUUAAAAAUUGAUAUUGGUGCCAAUAGAUAUGAUUUAUUGUGUAUUGAAGGUAUUGCUCAAUCUUUGAAUGAAUAUUUGGGAAGAGCAGAGACUCCAAAAUAUAAGCUUUUACCACCUACCACCAAGUUGUUUAUUGAUAAGUCUUCUGAACAAGUUAGACCAUAUGCAGCAGCAGCCAUUUUAAGAGGUAUUACUUUUAAUGAAAAAAAUUAUGCGUCUUUCAUUGCUCUACAAGAUAAACUUCAUUCCAAUAUUUGUAGAAACAGAAGUUUGGUGGCUAUUGGUACCCAUGACUUAGAUACUGUGCAAGGCCCAUUCCGUUAUGCUGGUGUCCCACCAAAGGAUAUUAAAUUUGUUCCAUUGAAUCAAACUGAAGAAUUUACAGGUGACAAGUUGAUUGAAUUUUAUAAAAGCCCACAACAAAAAAACAAUAUUGGUCGUUUUGUUCAUUUGAUUGAGGAUUCUCCAGUUUACCCAUUGUUCACUGAUAAGAAUGGUGUGGUUUGUUCUUUACCACCAUUAAUUAACUCAGAACAUUCAAAAAUAACUCUAAACACGCGUAAUGUCUUAAUCGAUUGUACUGCCACUGAUAAGACCAAACUAGAUAUUGUUUUGAACCAAAUUGUUGCUAUGUUUUCUCGCUACUGUGAUGAACCAUUUACUGUUGAAGCUGUUGAAGUUGUUUCCGAACAUAACGGUCAAUCUCGUAUUACUCCAGAUAUCAGCAUUAGAAACAUGGACACCUCUAUUUCAUAUAUUAACACUGCUCUCGGUUUGGAAUUAAGUCCAGAAGAAAUUUCAAAAUGUUUAAAGAAAUUAUCUUUACAUGCUAAACCUUCCACUGAAAAUCCAGACAUUUUACAUGUGGAAAUUCCAAUUACUAGACCAGAUGUCUUACAUCCAUGUGAUAUCAUGGAAGAUGUUGCUAUUGGUUAUGGUUAUGAUAACUUACCAAAGGGUGAAAAAUUGUCUAAUGCCAAUUUCAUUGCUUCUGCUUUACCAAUUAACAAGAUUUCAGAUAUUUUUAGAAUAGUAUCUUCUCAAGCAUCUUGGUUAGAAGUCUUACCAUUAACUUUGUGUUCUCAUGAUGAAAACUUUAAGUUUUUAAGAGUUGAAGAUGAUGGUACAAAGGCUGUUAAACUGGCUAAUCCAAAAACUUUAGAAUAUCAAGUUGUUAGAACUUCUUUGUUACCAGGUAUCUUAAAAACUGUUAAAGAAAAUAGAAAGCACACAUUACCAAUUAAGGUUUUUGAAACUGGGGAUGUUGUCUUCAAAAAUUUGGCUCUGGAAAGAAAGGCUAACAAUGAACGUCACUGGGCUGCUAUAUAUGUAGGUAAGAAUUCUGGUUUCGAAAUUAUUCAAGGUUUGCUAGGUAAGAUGAUGCAAACUUUUAGAACUAAUUGGGUUGCAGAUUAUGGUGCUGCAUCAAAUUCCAGAGGUUAUUGGAUUGAACAAGAUGAUUCAUUAACAACAUAUUUCCCAGGUAGAGGUGCUAAGAUUAUGUUUAGAGCUAAAGAGGGUGCUGAGCCACAAGAAAUCGGUCAUUUAGGUAUUUUACAUCCAGAAGUUAUGGUUAACUUUGAUAUCCCAUAUGCUGCUUCUUAUGUUGAAUUAAAUGCAGAAGUCUUUUUAUAG